GAGCAAGAGGAGGGGGGCGGGGGGCUGUGUCAGGUGGUAACAUCAUCAUCGUCAUCAUCUUCCUCCUCAGCACCAGCAGCACCUCCCGGCGCCAAGACGGCCUCGUCAGUACCGCGGCGGUACCGACUCGCCGGUCCUGAGUCUGCGUGGUCCGGGGACUCGAUCGUUCAGCGCCGCCCUCCUCCGGGCGACAAAAACCUCCGCCCUGAGCGUCGUCCGGUGGCCGGGGAGCGAGCCAGCCUUGGCGCACACCAAGCUGAAGGGCGUCGGGCGCCAUGGCGAAUGCCUCCCCAGACUUGGACAACGCCGAAGCCCAGCGCCAGCUCAACAACAACAACCGGCCAAUCAGCUCGGGGUUCUGGGAGUCGGAGUGUACCAGUGCCAAGCUGUUUGAGUGCUCCCGCAUCAAAGCCCUGGCAGAUGAGCGAGACGCCGUGCAGAAGAAGACUUUCACCAAGUGGGUCAACUCGCACUUGGCCAGAGUUUCCUGCCGCAUAUCAGACCUGUACAACGACCUGCGCGAUGGCUACAUGCUCACGCGGCUGCUGGAGGUCCUCAGCGGGGAGCGGCUGCCGAGGCCCACGCGAGGCCGCAUGCGCAUACACUGCCUGGAGAACGUGGACAAAGCCUUGCAGUUCCUCAAGGAGCAGAGGGUUCACCUGGAGAACGUGGGCUCUCAUGACAUCGUGGACGGGAACCACCGCCUUACACUGGGCCUCAUCUGGACCAUCAUCCUCCGCUUUCAGAUCCAGGUGAUCAAGAUAGCGACCGCCGACAACAGAGAGACGCGCUCCGCCAAGGACGCACUGUUGCUCUGGUGCCAGAUGAAGACGGCAGGGUACCCCGAGGUCACCAUCCAGAACUUCACCAGCUGCUGGAGGGACGGCCUCGCCUUCAACGCGCUCAUACACAGACACAGGCCGGAUCUGAUCGAGUUCCACAAGCUGACGAGAUCCAACGCCACGCACAACCUGCAGCAAGCCUUCAACAUCGCUGAGCAGAACCUGGGCCUCACCAAACUACUGGACCCAGAAGAUGUGAACACGGAGAACCCAGAUGAAAAGUCCAUCAUCACCUACGUUGUCUCCUACUACCACUACUUCUCCAAGAUGAAGGCUCUUAUUGUGGAGGGCAAACGGGUUGGCAAGGUGCUGGACAACUGCAUCGAGGCGGAGAAUCUGGUGGGCCGCUACGAGGCGCUGGCGUCUGACCUGCUGGACUGGAUCGAGAAGACCAUCGCCGUCAUCAGCAACCAGAAGUUUGCCAACUCUCUGACGGGAGUUCAGCAGCAGCUUCAAGCCUUCACCACCUAUUGCACCAUCGAGAAGCCCAUCAAGUUUCAGGAAAAAGGGAACCUGGAGGUUCUUCUGUUCACCAUACAAAGCAAACUACGAGCCAACAACCAGAAAGCCUACGUGCCUCAUGAGGGAAAACUAAUCUCCGACAUCAACAAGGCGUGGGAGCGUCUGGAGAAGGCGGAGCAUGAGAGGGGCGUGGCCCUGCGCAAGGAGCUGAUUCGCCAGGAGAAAAUGGAGCUUCUGGCUCAGCGCUUCGACCACAAGACCACCAUGAGGCAGGCCUGGCUCAACGAGAACCAGAGGCUGGUGUCGCAGGACAAUUUUGGCUACGACCUGCCGGCGGUGGAAGCCGCCAUGAAAAAGCACGAAGCCAUCGAGGCGGACAUCGCCUCCUACGAAGAGCGCAUCGGCGUGGUGGUGGAGCUGGCCGCCGAGAUGGAGGUGGAGAGCUACUACGACAUCCGCCGCAUCUCGGCCCGCAAGGAGAACAUCCUGGGACAGUGGAGUCUGCUGAAGGAGCUGGUGGCGGGCAGGCGGACCCGGCUGGAGAAGAACCUGGCGCUGCAGAAGACCUUCCAGGACAUGGUCUACAUGAUCGACUGGAUGGAGGACACUCAGUUUCAACUGCUGUCCAAGGACUUUGGCAAGCAUCUUCUGGAGGUGGACGACCUGCUGCAGAAGCACGGCCUGCAGGAAGCUGACAUUGGCGUGCAGGCUGAGAGGGUGGAGACGCUCAACGCCGCCGCACUCAAAUUCACCACCAUAGAGGGCUACCAACCAUGUGACCCGCAGGUGAUCUGUAACCGGGUCAACCACGUCUCGUCCUGUCUGGAGGAGCUGAAACAGCUGGCGGACAAAAGGCGCGGCGAGCUGGAGGAGUCGAGGCAGCUGUGGGCCUUCUUCCAGGAGCUGGAAGAGUCGGAGGCCUGGAUCCGUGAAAAGAGCUCCAUCCUGGGAGCGCAGGGUUACGGGAAAGACCUGAGUAGCGUGCUGAAGCUACUCCAGAAGCACAAGACUCUGGCUGGAGAACUGCUGGCUCAUCGCUCCCUGCUGCAGACCACCAUGCAGCGAGGACAGCAAAUCCUCAGCGAGAAGAGCAUUGACACGGCGGGCAUUCAGGAGCGCAUCAUGGACGUGAAGGACGAGUGGACCACGCUGGAGGACCAGGCGGCUCAGCGUCUCGGCCACCUGCAGGAGGCGUUCAACUUUUUCCAGUUCUCCACAGAGACAGACGACCUGGUGGUCAGGCUGCAGGACGCGUACCGCCUGGUGUCCAGUGAGGACUUCGGCCAUGACGAGUACUCCACCCAGUCGCUUCUGAAGAAGCACCGGGGGGUCAGCGAGGACGUGGACAAACAUCGGCUGCACGUGGUGGCGCUGCGCAAACACAUGGUGGCGCUGCCUCUGCGGUACAGUGAACAAGAGGAGGUGCUGGUGAGGAUGGUGGAGGUGGAGCAGCUGUACACGGAGGUGGUGGAGGUGGGCGUGCUGCGUCAGCAGUGGCUUCACGACGCCCUCGCCGUCUACCGCAUGUUCAGCGAGGUCAACGCCUGCGAGCUGUGGAUCGACGAGAAGGAGCAGUGGCUGAACAAGAUGGAGAUUCCCGAGAAGCUGGAGGACGUGGAGGUGGUGGCGCACAGAUUUGAGUCCCUGGACCAGGAGAUGAACAGCCUGAUGGGACGGAUCCUGGACGUGAACCAGAUAGUCCAGCAGCUUCUGGAUGGUGGUCAUCCGUCCUCUAUGGAGGUCCGAGGGUGUCAGGACCACCUCAACUCCAGAUGGAACAGCAUCGUGGGUCUGGUGGAGCAGAAGAAGGACCAGCUGGACUCCAUGUUGCGUCUGCAGAACUACCUGCUGGAGUGCGUCGAGAUCAAUUCCCAGAUCCAGGAGAAGCGGAAGGCCAUCGACGCCACUCAGUACGCAGGCAGCGACCUGGGCGGGGUCCUGGCUCUGCAGAGGCGCCUCUCCACCAUGGAGGGGGCGCUGUCCGUCCUGGAGCCCAAGCUGAUGCACCUGCAGGAGGAGGCGGAGCUUCUGGCCACAGCCCACCCGGGUCGGGCCACGGAGGUUCUACUUCCCUUUGAUGGCAUCAGCGUGGAGUGGGAGGAGCUUAAGAGGACCCUGCAGGGCUGCGAGGACUCGCUAAUGGUGGCUAGCAGGCUGCAGAGCUUCAUUCAGGAUUUGGAUUUGUUCCUCACCUGGUUGGUCCAAACGCAAACGGCCGCCGCCUCGGAUCAGUUGCCCAAUGACCUGGAAGAAGCCGAGAAACUCAUCAACAAGCACGCUGCCCUCAAGGAGGAGAUUGGCCGUUACGAAGAAGACUACGAGCGUCUGCAGGCCAUGAACGAGCUGCUGGAGUCGGAGGAGGCGCCGCUGCCUCAGGCCGCCCUGCAGCAGUGGCUCCAGAAGCUGGACGUGGGCUGGAACAAACUGCUGGAGAUGUGGGAGAGCAGGAGGGACGUUCUGGUGCAGGCUCACAUCUUCCACCUUUUCCUGCGAGACGUCAAGCAGGCCGAGUCCUUCAUCAACAACCAGGAGUCGGCGCUGGCCCACGUGGAGCUCCCCAACACGGUGGAGACAGUGGAGGCGGCCGUCAAGAAGCACAAGGACUUUACCACCACCAUGGAGCUCAACCUGCACCGCAUCAAGGCCGUGAUCGAGGCGGGAGAGAGCCUCAUCAGCCAGAACAACAUCUACUCGGAUCGCAUCAAGGAGCGCGUCGACACGCUCGCCAACAGGGGCAACCGGAACCGGGAGCAGGCCCAGCAGUGGUUGGACAAGCUCAACGACCAGUGGGCGCUUCAGAGGUUCCUACAGGACUGUCACGAGUUGGGGGACUGGGUGUGCGAGAAGAUGCUGAUGGCGAGGGACAGCAGCCGCGACGAGACCCAGAAGCUCCACAAGAAAUGGCUGAAGCAUCAGGCCUUCAUGGCCGAGUUGGCCCAGAACAAAGAAUGGCUGGAGAAGAUCGAGCGGGAGGGCCAGCAGCUGAUCCAGGAGAAGCCCGAGUUGGGCCAGAUGGUCCAGAGGAAGCUGGAGGAGAUCCGUGAGUGCUGGCAGGACCUGGAGAGCACCACGCAGGCCAAAGCCCAGCAGCUCUUCCAGGCCAACAAGGCCGACCUCCUGGUGCAGAGCUACCACAGCCUGGACCAGAGACUGGGCCAGCUGGAGGGACAACUGGCCUUCGUAGACCGAGGGCAGGAUCUGAGCACCGUCAACAGGCAGCUGAAAAAACUGCAGACCAUGGAGUCCCAGAUGGAAGAGUGGUACAAGGAAGUGGGGCACCUGCAGGUCCAGGCCUCCUCCGUACCGCAGCAGGCGCAGGUCAAGGAGACGGUUGCCGAGCAACAGGCGGCGGUGGAGACCCGCAUGGUGCGCCUGAUCGAGCCCCUGAAGGAGAGGAGACGCCUCCUGCUGGCGUCCAAGGAGGUGCACCAAGUGGGACGAGAUCUGGAGGAUGAAAUGUUGUGGGUGCAAGAGCGCCUCCCGCUGGCCAUAAGUCAAGAGCACGGCUCGUCUUUGCAGUCGGUCCAGCAGCUCAUGAAGAAGAACCAGACCCUCCAGAGGGAGCUCCAGGGCCACCACGGCCGAGUAGAGGAGGUCCUGGAGAGGGCAGGGAUCAUCGCCUCCAUCCGCAGCCACGAGGGCAACAUGGUGAGGGCGGGUCUCGAGCAGCUGGCCCAGCUGUGGGCUCUGCUAUGGGUGGAGACCGAGCGCAGGCAGCUGGUCCUGGACGCCAUGUACCAGGCGCAGCAGUACUACUUCGACACGGCUGAGGUGGAGGCCUGGCUGAGCGAGCAGGAGCUGCACAUGAUGAACGAGGAGAAGGGGAAGGACGAGCCGAGCACUUUGCAGCUGCUGAAGAAGCACCUGGUCCUGGAGCAGACCAUCGAGGACUACGCUGAGACCAUCGGCCUGCUGUCACAACAAUGUCGGCAGCUGCUGGAGAUGGGAUACCCUGAUUGUGAGCACAUCAGCAAGCGGCAAUCGCAGAUCGACCGCCUGUACGUGUCGCUGAAGGACCUGGUGGAGGAGAGGAAGAGUCGUCUGGAGCAGCAGUACUGGCUCUACCAGCUCAACAGGGAGGUGGACGAGCUGGAGCAGUGGAUCGCUCAGAGGGAGGUGGUGGCCAGCUCGCCAGAACUGGGCCAGGACUUUGAGCAUGUCACACUGCUCCAGGAGAAGUUCACGGACUUUGCGUCGGAGACGGGCAACGUGGGCCAGGAGCGAGUGACGGCCGUCAACCAGAUGGUGGACGAGCUCAUCGACUACGGCCACGCCGAGGCCGCCACCAUUGCCGAGUGGAAGGACGGCGUCAACGAGUCCUGGGCCGACCUUCUGGAGCUGAUGGAGACCCGGGCGCAGAUGCUGGCCGCCUCGCACCAGCUGCACAAGUUCUUCUCCGACUGCAGAGAGGUUCUGUGCCAGAUUGCGGACAAGCAUCGAAGGCUACCGGAGGUCCGUGGUCGCCAGAGCAGCACGUCCAAUACCAGCACGCUGCAGAGACUCCUCCAAGGCUUCGAGCAGGACAUCCAGCUGCUGGUCACGCAGGUACGGCAGCUGCAGGAGAGCGCCGCCCAGCUCAGGACGGUGUACGCGGGCGAGAAGGCGGACGCCAUAGCCUGCCGCGAGCACGAGGUCAUGCAGUGCUGGAAGGAGCUGCUGACGUCCUGCGAGGAGUGUCGGGUUCAGAUCACCACGGAGACGGACAAGCUGAGGUUCUUCAGCCUGGUGCGGGAUCAGAUCAUGUGGAUGGACUCCAUCAUCUGUCAGAUCGGGACGGGAGAAAAGCCGAGGGACGUGUCGUCCGUGGAGGUGCUGAUGAACUAUCACCAGAGUCUGAAGAGCGAGGUGGACGCUCGCAGUCACAGCGUGGUGGAAUGUAUCGAGAUGGGGAAGACGCUGCUGGCUGCUCGCAACCCCGCCGCCCAAGAGGUCAAGGAGAAGCUGGACAAGGUGGUUGCUAAGCAACACGAGCUGUCUGGGAAGUGGGACAAGCACUGGGAGGUCCUGCAGCAACUGCUGGAGGUCCAUCAGUUUGCUCAGGAGGCGGUGGUGGCAGAGGCGUGGCUGACGGCGCAGGAGCCCCUGGUCAACAGCAAUGAACUCGGGGCCAGCGUCGACGAAGUGGAGCAGCUGAUACGACGACACGAAGCCUUCCGGAAAGCUGCCGCCACCUGGGAGGAGCGCUUCAGCUCACUGCGCCGCCUCACCACGGUGGAGAAGCUGAAGACGGAGCAAAGCAAACAACCCGCGACACCUUUACUGGGUCGUAAAGUCUUCCUGGACCCCCUUGACGCCUCCCCCGCUCCUUCCACCCUCCCCCGCCUCCCGCUCUCCCCCGUCAUGAGACAGACCAUCUAUGAACAGAACGAGGCCAGCACUCCACCAUCACCCUCGCCGGCCUCCCCCUCGCCGGCCACCCCCACGCCGUCCCCCUCGGCCGCGGCCCGCCGCCUGGGUUCCACGGUGGCCGGCUACGUGCCUGUGACGAACGGCAGCAUUUACCGCCAUGGCCCGGAAGCGCCUCAUGGGGGCGUGGUAGGCGUGGGGCUCCGCCAACCUGCUCCUUCUUCCAUUUUAUCCGUCGCCACGGCAGCCAUGCUUGUCUCCGCCAAUCAGGCGCGAGAAAGCACCAGCAAGGUUCUUCUUCAUCCGGCUGCAGAGGUGGAUGCAAAACUGUCUCCGUAUCUACGGCGACCGAAAAUCCAACACCUGGGUGACGCGGUGACGCCGCUGGUAGUGGCCAGCAGGCUGGAGAAGGCCAGGGAGAAAGGCCGGGAGAUGAUGACGGAGAGACCCGAGGUGGCCGUCAUGGCCGAGGUGGUUCUGCAGGACCCAAACCGGGACAGGCUCCAUAGCGACCCCGCCAGAGGGUCCCGUCCCUCCAGGACUAACCCCGAGCCGCAGGUGCAGACUCAUAGGGAACAUAGGUUGGAACGCCAGCUGUCCAGCGAGCAGCUGAUCCAGGCCCGCAGGGACGAGCUUCCUCAGGAGGUGUGGCGGGAACACGCCGAGCGGCGGGAGAGGCGGACUCUGGAGAGACAAACGUCCAGCGAGCAGGAAGGCCACGGGAGCCUCGAUGGACGCAGGAGGGACCGACAGCGGCUGGAGAGGCAGGAGUCCAGCGAGCACGACACCGGGAAGGAACAUUCCGACCGACGCUCAGGGGGAGGAGAGAGAAGACCCACCAUGGCAGAAAUAGUGGAGCAGCUUCAGGAAAGAGAAGCAGCCCAGGCCCGAGGCGAGGUGCCCCGCCUACCCAACGGCCUACCAGAGAAGUCUUCCCGUUCCGACCGGCCUCGUGCUCGGGACAGACCCAAACCGCGUCGCCGACCACGGCCGAAAGAGUCGGGCGAUACGACGCGGCGGUCCCGGUCGGCUCCCGCCCAGAGCGGCCCGGCAGUUACGCAGCCGCCGAGCCACAGCGCUCACCACGAGGGCUUCCUCUUCCGCAAGCUGGACAUCGAGACCCUGAAGAAGAGCACCAACAGCAGGUCCUGGGUCAACUUGUACUGCGUGCUGAACAAAGGGGAGUUGGGCUUCUACAAGGACGCCAAGAACAUGGCCACGGCGUACAACAACGAGCCGUUGCUCAACCUGGCCCAAUGUCACUGUGACGUCACCAACGGAUACAAGAAAAAGAAGAAUGUCUUCACGCUCAAGACAAAAGACGGUAGCGAGUUCUUGUUCCACGCAAAAGACGAGGAGGACCUGAAGACGUGGGUGAGCAGCAUCAGCAGCACCAUCAGCGAGCACCAGGACCUGUCCAAGGGCGGACUGCCCCAAGCAACUACCUCAUCCACCGACGAGGGCACGCGCCGCGACGGCAGCAAGGCCGGCUCGGAGCGCUCGGACCGCGCCGACCGCAUCGAGCUAGCCGAGCGGGACAAGGAGAAGGACAAGGAGAAGGAGAAGGACAGGGGGCGGGAGAAGGACAGGGGUGAGAGGUCGGACCGGGCGGGCAAGGCGGAGACAAAGCGCUCGGAGAAGAGCGGCAAGAAAAAAUGAUGGCCGACUUGUCGAGGCGACACAAGCCCCGCCUCCUUUCCCCCCCUCCCUCCAAUGUGGGUGGAAGCUAACAUGCAGGAAGGAAGAACUUAACUCAACUGACUUAUUCUUCUCUUCCUGCCCCUCAACACAAGGCUCCGCCCCUUGCUGGCCGUCCAGGGAAGUGCGGAGGAAGGUUAGCAAGAUAGAAGCUAAAGUAGCUCGCGCUGUACCAUUUGUGUGCGUGCGUGCGUGUGUGUGUGUGUUAGUAAAGCAAGCUCACUAUGCCAAACUGAAUGAAUGCUAACAUGCUAGUCCUGUCUGACUGUUAUCACAAGCACUGUUUGUUUUUCUACACACUCUACAUUUGUCAUCCCCCCAAUCAGCGGCAUCCUUUCAACGGGCUCUCUCACGGAGACCCUCGAUUGUGCGUGUCCGUCACAGCGCUCAGGUUUCUCCCACUGUUGUCAGCGUCACGUGACUUAAACGUCUUCCAGGCACGAGGCAGAGGGGCGGCGACCCCUUGCGGUGUCGGCAGCGGGUGCAAGCGAGAACACGGAUGAGCGGGUCAGUCAUUUAGACAACAAUCAGAAGCAGGACUGCUUCAGCUGUGGUGAUGUUGCGUGUCAGACCGGGUGGGAAACCAAGUCUUGUUUUGGUUCCUGCCUUUAAACGUGCCGCUCGGCCCCAAAUUGCUUUAAGCUAACAUGGCGAGUGUGCUAAUUGUACAAGAGUGAAGUACGCCAACAGUCAUGAGUACAAAACAAACAUUGUGUGCGAUGCUAACACCCUCAAAAACGCAUUUCUAGGGCGCCUAGUGUGAGCUAGCUAGCAGACACACCCAGAACAAACUUCUUUACAGCACUGUGAAUUUUUGGAACGUCACACGAAAUAAAUAUAGAGGGAAAUUACUGCCAAAACUCCACAAACACGCAAAAAUGUUUUUACUAAUGCCCGACGAUUCGCAAGUAAAAAAAACUUUAAAACAAUGAAAAAAAACAUUCGCAAGUAAAAAAUAUUUUUGCAUUGAUUGAUUGAAACUUUUAUUAGUAGAUUGUACAGAACAGUACAUAUUCCGUACAAUUGACCACUAAAUGGUAACACCCGAAUAAGUUUUUCAACUUGUUUAAGUCGGGGUCCACGUUAAUCAAGUCAUGGUAAAGUGUGACAAUGUUUGCUAGUAAAACAAACAAAUUGCAAGUAACAACAAUUUUCUGCAAGCAAAAAAGUAUUUGCCAGUAUAACAAGAAUUUUUGUUCAAUAAAAAAAAUGUUUUAAGUAAAAAAAUGUUUUUUCAAUUAUAAAUACAAUUUUAUGCAUAUUAAAAAAAACAAUUUGCAAGCACAAUUUUUCUUCAAUUAAAAAAACGAUUUCAAGUUUUAAAAAAAUGUUUCUUCAAUUAAAAAAAUAAUUCACAAGUAAAAAAAAAAGAUUGGCAAGUUAAAAAAAGCAUUUUCUUCAAUUAGAAUUUUUUUUUGCUAGUAUACAAAUGCUUUUCUGCAAGUAAAAAACUAUUUGCAAGUAUACAAACCAUUUUCUGCAAGUAAAAAACAUCGCAUGAAUAAACACAAUUUUCUUCAAUUAAAAAAAAAAUAUUCGCAAGUAAAAAAAACAAUUUCCUUAAUUAAAAAAAUCUAUUUGUAAGUAAAAAAAAAAAAAAAAUUCUGCGAGCAAAAAAAUUAUUCACAAGUAUUAAAAACAUUUUUGUUCAAUUAAAAAAAUGAUUUACAAGUAAAAAACAACAACAAUUCUAUUCUAUUAUAGAAACAAUUUGCAAGUAUACAAACAAUUUUCUGCAAGUAAAAAAAAUUUGCUAGUUAAAAAAAAUAAUUCUUCAAUUAAAAAAACUAUUCCCAAGGAAAAAAAAAAAGAUUUGCAAGUUAAAAAACAUUUCUGCAAGCUAAAAAAAUAUUUGCAAGUAUAAACAUUUUUGUUCUAUUAAAAAAAGAUUUGCAACUAAAAGAAAAACAAUUUUCUUCACUUAUAAAAAAACAAUUUUCAAGUAUACAAAUGCUUUUCUGCAAGCGAAAAAAUGAUUCGCAAGUAUACAAAAAAAAUUUCUGCAAGUAAAAAACAAUGUGCAUGUAGACACAAUUUUUUUUAAAUUAAAAAAAUGAUUUGCAAAUUAAGAAAAAACAAUUUUCUUAAAUUACAAAACAAUUUGCAAGUAAAAAAAACAAACAAUUUUCUGCAAGCAAAAAAAUGUAUAUUGUUCCAUUAAAAUAAUGAUUCACAAGUAAAAAAAACCCACUAAUUGUAUUCAAUUAUAAAAAACUAUUUGCAAGUAUACAAACGAUUGUCUGCAAGUACAAAACUAAUUCACAAUAAUAAACACACUUUUCUUCAAUUAAAAACAAUUCACAAGUAAAAUAAAACCAUUUGCAAGUUAAAAAACUUUCUGCAAACAAAAAAAUUACUCGCAAGUAUAAAAAACAGUUUUGUUCAAUUAAAAAAAGAUUCACAAGCAACAAAACCAUUUUAUUCAAUUAUAAACAAUUGGCAAGUAUUCAAAUUAUUUUCUGCAAGUAAAAAAACGGUUCACAAGAUAAAAAUAAUUCAUCAAUUAAAAAAACUAUUCAGAAACAAAACGUGAUUUGCAAGUGAAAAAAAUGUUCUGCAAGUAUAACAAAUAUUUUUCGUCAAUUAAAAAAUUGAUUUGCAAGUAAAAAACAUACAAUUUUCUUUAAUUACAAAAACAAUUUGCAAGUAUACAAACGCUUUUCUGCAAGUAAAAAAAUGAUUCGCAAGUAUAAAAACAAAUUUCUGCAAGUAAAAAGCAAUGUGCAUGUAUAAACACAAUUUUAUUCAAUUAAAAAACGUUAAGCAAUUUAAAAAAAAAUUCUGCAAGCAAAAAAAUUACUCGCAAGUAUAAAAAACAUUUUUGUUCCAUUAGAAAAUGAUUCACAAGUUUAAAAAAAAACAAUUUUAUUUAAUUAUACAAACAAAUUGCAAGUAUACUCAUUUCUGCAAGUAGAAAACAAUGGGCAUGUAUAACACGAUUCCCUUCAAUUAAAAAAAACGAUCCGUAAGUUAAAAAACAACAAUUUUAUUCAAUUAUAAAAACAAUUUAUACAAUUUUCUCCAAGUAAAAAAACGAAUUUGCAAGUAUAAACACAAUUUUCUUCAAUUAAAAACAAUUCUCAAGUACAAAAAACUAUUUGCAAGUCAAAAAAAUUAUUAGCAAGUAAAAAAAACACAUUUUUGUUGAAUUAAAAAAGAACAAACUAAAAAAAACUGUUCUCCUUUGUUAUUUUUGGCAGACGGCACCAUGCACAAAUAACAAUAGCUCUGACAGCUUUAAAUUAACUCAUCAGCACCACCUGUUGUUGUAGAGUGCGAAUUAUGGCUGCUGUGAAUGCAAGUUUGUGAAAUAUUACUGUCAAACUGUCAAAUAUUACCUGCAAAUCGUUGGGCGUGAGUAAAAACUUUUUUGUGUAUUUGGAGUUUUGGCAGUAAUUUCACUCCAUAUGAGUACAAAACAAACAUUGUGUGCUGUCUAAAAACUAUGCUCACACCCUCAAAAAUGUAUUUCUAAGUCACCUCACGUUAGCUAGCUAGCAAAUGCGCCUAAAACAAACUUCGCUUCUUUCACGGCACUGUGACUUUUUAAAACUCUACACAAAAAAACAUGUGGCGGUUUGUUUCUGACACGGACAUGAUCAAGCUUAUCUUCUUUUUCGUUGUGUUUAGGACUCUCCGCGCACGUUUUGCGUACGAAGUGCGAACGCAGUAAUUUUUCCGCGCAUGUCCGCCACAACUAGCAAGGAGAAGGUGUAAAUGUUGUAAGAAUGAGAAAAUGAUGCGAUGCUGAUGUCACAUUUGGACGCCAACAACCUCAAAACAGACUGCACAUGAAAAAAGCAGCCGAAUUGUUCUUUUCCUGCGGGCCUCGGCGUGGCAGCUGACAUGGAAUGAUGAAUAAAAUACGUUUUGGUUUAUCAAUAAAACACUCACAUCCUCUUA